AUGCGGAAAAGAGCUUUGGAAUUGAAGGUGGAAAGACCGUUCACCUUCAUGCGUUCGGGGUUCGGGAGGGGGUUGGUCGAGCCUAGCGAGCGCUUGAAAUGGCAGCAUUUUGGAGACUGGCGAAAGCUAGCGUGUAACGCAAUAUGGCAUAUGUGUCAUAUCGUUUCGGAGCUGUAUGUUUGUUCGGAUCACGGCGUCACCUACGGGCUGCACGACUGCUGCACGACAACGUGCAUUCAGGAGUAUACAUGGAUCAGCCGAUGGAAUUGUCGACAUCGACAUGUCGAGCGUGUGUGUGUGAUCAAAAAUAUCAUAAAACAGAUCACAGCUCUCGGCGCUCAAUACCUCAGCUUCAGCGCUCAGGCCACGUCGCAUCGCACACUUCAAACAUCGUUUUAA